AUGACUGGCCCACGUCACGGGUCCCCUGCUACCUUAAUACACCAGCUUUUCCCCGAUCCUCCUUCUUCUACUUCACCAUCCAACUCCGACGCUCGUUUAACCCAAAAUUCCGACGAUACAAAUAUCGCACACAAACACGCUUACAACCACCUUCGACGCCACCGUGCUCACCACUCCAACCGACACCUAGCUGCGACCGAACCUAAUCAGAAGGAAAGACCAGAGGAAACCGUUGGCAAGACUACAGGUGACGACGCUGAUGACUUCAUCCUUGUCGACGCCCAACCUGAAGCAGUAGCCCAGGAUCAGGAUUCACCCCCCUCAUUAGAGCUGCGCGCCGAUAUCAAGCCUGUAGAAAAGUUAAUCACCCGCGUCGUUGAAACGGUGUCGCUCAUUCAGUAUAUUGAUGGUCAUGGUUCGCCCCUCGAAGUUUCAACGCAGCCCGGUGUUCGCAACACUAUCGUUAUCGACCCCAAAUCUGGUGUUACCAUCAGCAUGUCAAAUCCUGACAUGACUUUGAACGCCGCUCUUCCUGGUGCCACCAGCUCACGACUGGAUCCGUCCAACACAAUCACUUCCACCAAGCUCAUACUCUCCACGUCAGCCUCCAGUGCACCCAUCAGCCUUGCUACAAAUGUACCCUCUCUAAACGGAACUGGUUUCCAUGGAAAUUCAUCGGCGCUUGGUAACAGUACUUAUUCCUUCCGGGCCCCUAGCUCGACAAACACCUCGACACGUCAAUACCUACUCUUUACAUCGUCAUCGCUCCAUCCGACCCGAACGCCCACCCUUACUCUUCUCAAUGUACCAGGUGCGACGAACUCUGACGAAAGUACAUCCUCUAGUGGCGACAACGACGGUGGCAGUGGUGGGGGCGUCAACUUGACUCCCACCCAAAAACAGAUGGUUGGUGGUAUUGUUGGCGGUGUUGCAGGUUUUGCCUUCUUGGCUUUGUUCGUCAUGCUACUCCUACGAUACAAGAAGAAGCGCGAUGGAUCUAUUACCCUUGGAGAGGAUAGAACUGAUAACCUUCGUGCCCUGCCAUCAUCGGCAUCCAACUCUGGCUCAGGAGCUACGCAACCUAUGGCUGAGCGCAGUAUGGCGUCUGCCGCUGUCAUGGGUGCUAUGUCCAACUUGGUAGGCUCGAAGCGACCCCCUCCCCAACCCAUGGCUGGCGAGAAAAGUUUCUACAGAGUGUCUGGCCGCAAGCUGCCCUCUGUACUUGUUGCUGGUGGUGAUGGCUAUACGGAUCCCCGCGCCAGCGUUAUGAGUGGACAUUCUGACUACUCACAACACUCUGACGCAUCUGACCCAUUUCAUCCAUCAUCCUCCAAGUUUACCCUUGGUACGCCUAUGCGUCCUAUUAGCGGUAUCCCUAUCAUGCGCUCUGGACCAGCAAAGACCCCAACUGCCGAAAGAAACCCAUUCGCAGACCCCCUUCCCUACCAAGAUUCGCCGCCACGCAGCGUCGACUCGAACAGUAGCAACCGGGGCUCUCGCUUCCAGGAGCGUAUGUAA